AUGGAAUUCCGACAUUCUAUGGGAGUCUGCUGGAACUCAUGGGGGAGGGUAAAGUACUGCAAAUAUUGCUCAUUAUGUGAAAAACAAUGGACAAUAUGCAAAAACAUGGCAGCCAUUCUAUGGUCAACAUUGGAACUUUAUGGGAUUGAGAAUAGGAUUAUGGCAAUCAUGAUGGAUAAUGCAAGCAACAAUGACACCAUAAUGGAGGCAAUUGAAUCAUGGUGCUGUGCUGCUGGCAUCAAAUUGUCUGCUCAGAAGUCCUGCAUGCACUGUAUGCCCCAUACAAUUCAUAUUGUGGCAAUCAAGCUGCUUGAGGGUAUUGGAAUCAUAUCAAAAGACAACAGUGCUCAGGCUCAAGCCACCAACUAUCAAGAUGAGGUAAAUGUGGAGGUUGAGUGUGAUUAUGACAUGGAUAUAGCCCAGGAGAUGGAAGGGGAAGAUAGUGAUGUUGUCAAUGAGAGCCUGUCAAAUGAUAUCCAGUUGGCUGUUUACAAGCUUUGUAAAAUUGUAUGCUCUGUUCAUGCAAGCCCUCAGUGUCACCAACAUUGGUAUCAAGAAGUUGACAGGAUGAAUGUGCAGCUCUUUCUGACUGAGAAAAAGUCUGCAUUGAUGCUCAUCCUUGAUGUUAAGACCUGA